AGAAGAAAGGGUAUGCAGGAGAAUGCCAGAACACGGUAAUUCAACCGGACCAGCCCUUACAAAGGCAAAUUCGGCCCGGCUCACACCUCCAGACUGAGCGAAGACAUGAAGGCGGGGUUUUAAUGGGGCGGGACUUCCUGUCGGAGCAAUCCCCGUUACCUCCGGAAGAGCCGAAGAACCGAGCCCUCGGACGCCGGCGGUUGAGCAUCGAUCGCGGUGCGCUCGCGCGAGAUAAUGGCAGACCCUUGGCAGGAAUGCAUGGACUAUGCAGUAAUCCUCGCAAGACAAGCUGGAGAGAUGAUUCGUGAAGCUUUAAAAAAUGAGAUGGAUGUCAUGAUUAAAAGUUCUCCAGCCGAUUUGGUAACAGUUACUGACCAAAAAGUUGAAAAAAUGCUCAUGUCUUCUAUAAAGGAAAAGUAUCCAUGUCACAGCUUCAUUGGUGAAGAGUCUGUGGCAGCUGGGGACAAGACGGUCUUCACAGAGCAGCCCACGUGGGUCAUUGACCCUAUUGAUGGAACGACUAACUUUGUGCAUCGGUUUCCCUUUGUAGCUGUUUCAAUUGGCUUCCUUGUGAAUAAAGAGAUGGAGUUUGGAAUUGUGUACAGCUGUGUGGAAGAUAAGAUGUACACCGGCAGGAAAGGGAAAGGCGCCUUUUGUAACGGUCAGAAGCUUCAGGUCUCACAGCAGGAAGACAUUACCAAAUCACUCUUGGUGACCGAGUUGGGCUCGUCCAGAAAGCCAGAGACUUUACGGAUCAUUCUCUCCAACAUGGAAAAGCUGUGCUCCAUUCCCAUCCAUGGAAUCCGGAGUGUUGGAACAGCUGCUGUUAAUAUGUGCCUUGUGGCAACGGGAGGAGCAGAUGCCUAUUAUGAGAUGGGAAUCCACUGCUGGGACAUGGCGGGAGCUGGCAUCAUUGUCACCGAGGCAGGCGGAGUGCUCAUGGAUGUCACGGGUGGACCAUUCGAUCUGAUGUCUCGGAGAAUAAUUGCCGCAAAUAGUAUAACAUUAGCCAAAAGAAUAGCCAAAGAAAUUGAGAUAAUACCUUUGCAAAGAGACGACGAAAGCUAGUCACAGAGAACAGUGUCCAGCUCCAGUGUCAUCUUUGCUGUCCCUGGGAUGUGUCAGAUGGAUGGGGUCACUGAUUUAAACUGAACUUUGAGGUCCUGAUUCUAAAAUGGAAACUUUUUUUUUACAGAUGACAUAUUCAAAAUUAGAUGGAUUAUCUGAUUAUUGAAAGAAAAUUUGCAUGUAGUAAUAUUCUUGGGGAAAAUAUACAAAAAGUAUACUUAAUGAACUAGCCAUUGAAAUUGUCCCUAGUCCUUAUGAUCCCCUUGAACUUAAUAUAGUGUUCAUAUGCAUAAUUCUCAAUUACAAAGUUUUCUUUUUGUAAGUGGCUUUCUCUAUGUUCCAAAAGCCAUAUUUGAUUAAGUCUAAAGGCUGUAACAAGCUGGCUCUCCCUGUGCAGAGGGCCUUUGUGUUUUAUUAAUCACUGUAAGAUAGUGCCUGGCACAGUGCCUGUCAGACAGUAGGCAGUCUGAAGUCCACACCUCACAAUGCCUGCUCGAAGCUGCAGCUGCUGCUUCUAAUGUGUCACAGUAAGAUAACCACCCCUGUUGCUUCGUGUUUCGAGGUAGAAGUUACCUCACUGUCCUUUUUAUAUUUCAUAUUGCUAUGCCAUUUCACAGGAUCGUGCUGCCAGAGACGACUGCCUCUAGUGGACGUCUCUGCAGUUAGUACACUGCUGUAUGUUGUAGGUUCUGCUUAAAGCUCCCGUGCUGAAGAGAUUUUCACAGACAUCUCCCAUGUACCUGGUAUAGUUAGUGGCAGUGCUAUGUUUUACAAAAUGCAGCAUUCUCAUUCAGAUCCACACUCUGGUGCUGGCUGUGCUGACCUGUGUACUGUGGCGUUAAUGGUGGACUUUUUGAUUUCCUUGCAAACUUACUGAAUUUCAUCACUGCUAACUCUAGAUACUCUCUCUAUAAGGUCUUGGGCCUCUCAAACUCAAGAAAAUUUAAUGGCUCCUAUUCCGUUGUUAAAGGGUUAAUUCAUUGUCUAGCCCUUGGCAUAUGAACAGAUGUUUUGUUCUUAGUAUGUUUGACCCUUGCAUUUGAUACAAUGAAGUGUUUUUGUAAGUUUCAAGGCAGUUAUCUUGAUUUGGGGGGAUUUAAUAUAUUAAAUCUAUAUAAUACUCUGAUCUGGGCACUGUAAUGACUAUAUUUGUGCUGUUAAUUACAUGUAUUUAGAACAUCACGUACCAUGUAAAUUCUAUUACUAGACAGGUUGCUUUGCAAUUAAAUGUACUUUAGUUAAGACGUAGGAAUACCAUUUCAUUUCAUUGUAUUCACUUGUGUAUCCCAGGCUGGCCUCAGAACUGUCGCAUAGCUGAGGAUGAACUUGAACUUGUGACGGUUCUGCCUUUCUCUCUUAAGUUCUGGGAUGCAGAGAAGAUGGCCAUAGCCACCACACACAGUUUCUGUGGUGCUGGAGACUGCACAGGGCCACACGCGUACUUGUUAGCGGAAGCACUCUGCUGUCUGAGCUGCACUCCAGCCCAUGAAUACAUGUGGAACUAAAGGUGUAAUUAAUGAUAUCAAAGUUAAUAGUCUCACCCUUUUUAGGGGUUUUGAGUUUAGUUACAGAUAUUUGAAGCUAAUAUUGGUUAUGAAUAUUCACUUUUUGCAUAUAGAUUUUCCCACUAUAGAUAAACACUUAAUACUUUCCCUAUCUGUUUGUAUCUUUGUAUGCUAAGUGCAGGUGAGUAUUAUCUGGCUAAACAUUGCAUCGGUGUGGAGAAAAGAUGAUCAGAAAGUCAGUUACUCCAAAUAAUUGGAAACUCCUUCCUUAUGUAGCAGAACCUCUCACCCUCGCCGUAGCCCAGCGUUUAUCUCGUGUUCCCGUUUUCCGAGGCUUCUUCCCGGGUCUCCUGAGGACCUUUGACUCUCACAUUGAUGAUCCUUUGUUAUGAAAAUAUGUUAAAGUUUGCGUGAUGCCGCUUGAGGCUCUGUGUAAGGAGAUCUAUAAGCUUAUGUGCAAGCCACUGGUUGUAGGACUAAGUCUAGUUCAUGUUCCUAUAAGAAUGAGCAGCAGAACUCUGAUGUCUCUGGAGGUAUGGUGGAUACCCCUGUGUGUGUAAGCGGCAGUGCACGGGAUAGCUCUGCACAUGCGCGCCACCUGCUCAGCGUAAGGAGGGGUCGGAGAUCGGAUCCUGCUAAGGAAGCUGUGGAAGAACUCUGCACAGAACAACUCUAAAGUGUUAAUGAGAAAAAGUUGUAUUUGUGUAUGUAUGGGGUCAGGCGCAUGUGUGCAUCACUGUGCCUGUGGCUUCCCUACCAAGCCAUUCCUCCAGCUUGAAGAUCUUAUAAGUGCCAUGUCUACUCAUGCUUUGGAAGUCUUGGUGGUGUUUAGAUAUAAUGCCUUCCUGAUCAAAAUCCUGAUGGUAUCUGGAGGAGGAAGAUGUCGGCUUUCUGUCCCAUUGACAGUUUGAGGGGAUUAAUAAGAAAUGUGUUGCUUUGGUUCAGCUUGGAGUUAUAAUGUCAUUGGUUGUCCCUGUGGCUUUGUCCUGUGGCAAGACUGUGCAUCAUGGGUGUCUUAUAGUUUACAAUGACCUCACGUAGGCCCCCCUUUUUCUCUGUCUCCCCAAACUAUCACCCUAAAGCCUUUUUGAUUAUUUAGGGUUUGGGGUGUUUGUUUGUUUGUUUGAGUCGUGGUUUUGCUAUGUAGUCCAGGCUGGCCUAGAAGUCUUCCUAUAUCUGCCUCUAUACUGCUUACAGUAUAGGAAUGUACUACUGCAGUGGCUGGGCCAGCCCUUUACCACAUGGGCCUUUGGGCAUUAGCCAAUUUUCAAACUAUGAAAAGAAGUAAAGCUAGAAAUGAACAACUAACACGGAAUGGCAGAGAGCCCUAAGUAGCUAAAAGCAUCAGAAAGCAGAAGGGAAAGUUAGAAUCUGACUGUUCACCAGGUAGGAACCCAGUGCCGUAGUUAAAGCAGUGGCGUUUGCCCAAGGCCACGCAAGCAGCUCUGCGAGGUAAAGAGUCCGGGUAGACAGGCUGCUCUUUGCUGUGAGUGGCAGAGUUGGCUGCCCCCCACGGCAGGAGACAUACUGACCCCAUCCCGUCAGGUUCUCAGAUCAAGUUGUAGAAUUGGAAUCGGACAGAAAGGAGGAGGCCACACAGAUGAGUCAGUGAGUAAAGGUGCUCGUCUUCAAGUCUGACAACCUGAGGUUGAUCCCUGGGGUUCACGAGGUAGAAGGGAAAACCUGACAGCUGGAAGCUAUCCAUCGAUCUAAACUUGUACCAUGGUUUGUGGAAUGUUUUUUAUUUUAAAGUAAAAGUUUCUGAAAGAUA